GAACAUGACACACAAAGCCCAUCGAAGACAAAAGACACAAUGUUUGAAACAUUUCACAAACAGAUGUCUCUAGAAAGUUUACCAGCGUUUCCAGACACUCCCAUGAUACCGCACUUUAUGGUUAAAUGUGUUCGUUAUAUAGAAUCGCAGGGUUUAAAAACCGAGGGUUUAUACCGAAUUUCUGGUAACAGAUCUCUGGGAGAGCAAUUUUUAAAUAAGUAUUCAGCAGAUCCUGAAGUAGAUAUG